AAUGGAUUGAUCAAUACCAAACUCCCCUUAAUCUCGGCCAUAUCUCCUUUAUCCUGGAACCCUCCUCCUAUAUUUUACGAUCCUCCAAUUUCAUCAUCCUCCCCUUCACAAUUGACCGAAUAUCUUCACCAUCACAACCACUCACGCCAUCUCCAACCACCACCGCCUGAAACCACUUCACCGAGAAGCACCAACUACCAAACGGUUGCCCAUAUACCCCAAACACCACCGUCAUUCAAGAACAAGCACCGCCACCAUCGAGCUUCCACUACUAUCAACGAAGACAACCAACAGACACCCCUCUCCAACUGUCGACCAACCUCGCACCACCACUUCCGUGAACCCGCGCCAUCGAAUUUCUUAUUUCAUGUUUGACUGUUUCUACCUUCAAGUUAUAUCACACAACCAUUUUUUGAGGUUCAAGAUAAUGAAGGUGAGUGAUGCUUGUUCGAACAGAUGGAGGUUGUGGUGGUGCUUAGCUAUAACAGGUGAUAGCGAGUGAUGGUUGGCGUAGAGUGAAACCAGUGGUUGAAGGUCUGGUGGUGUUAACUGGUGGUCCGGCGAAGUCCGCACCACCAUCACCACCCUCUGUUCCGGUCACGGCUCUCCAAGUAUGAUUUCGCAUAAGAUUUUGAUCACCUUCUUUCUCUUCUCUUCAUCUGCUUCAGUUACCAUCGCACAACACCUUGUUUGCUCUUUAAAAACCCUAGACACCACAUUCACUAGAUUUACGAGCACACAGAGACUUACAAGAUGUUUGAGAUUUAUCUUUUCAAGUAAUGGACCUUCCGUAGCUUGGUUUGUUCUUUGUGAUCAUGUGUGCUGAGAUAAGCAAUUGAAAAGUACAUGUUUAAGCUCUCAACAAAUGGGAACAUGCUCUCUAUUUUAGCUUCUGUAAAAAAUGAAAGGUCUAUUUCAGCUUCUGUCGAAAGUGAGAACCAGAGGAGGCGAAGGAAGAAGACGUCAAAAAUCAAAAUGCUGCCUUGGAAUAGUGUUGAUGCUCCAUUAGUUGGUGUUAACAAUGGCUGGCAAACUAUAGCAUCACAUGCAUCUCUACAAACAACGGGUUUUAGGUUUCUAAAUCGCUUCAAAAUGAAAACGAGAUUGAAAGGAAAAUCCUCGGAACCUAAAAGAGCAAGUUUAUCGGCUCAAACAACUGUUUUGAUGAACUGGAGCUGAUCAUGUUUCUGGUUUGUUGUUCUUUUUUUUUUGUUUUCCUGUUAAUAGCAUUGCACUUUGACAUUUGUUUUUGAUUUUUACAGAAACAGAAAAGAAAUGAAUUAUUUUUGCCAUUAAAAAAAACAUUGUCUUCUUGACCUACUUCCCUUUUGCUUGAAAUGGAAUCUACAUGUGUGUGCAUUUGUGCUUACAGUUCAUUUUCUUGGUUUAACACCAUGUCAGGAGUUUUAUUCAUUUCAGGGGUAGAUUUGGUAUCUUUUUUUUUGUUUGUUUUUAUAUAUAUUGCGGUAAAAGGUAGGCGUGUUUUGUAAAUUUUUACAAAUUAGUUUAUUGAUAUGCAUGUUUGUUUUUAUAAAACAGGACAUAAAUUCAAUUUUUUGUUGACAAG